GUACGGACAUUGCUGCAGGAGAAGAAGUUGCCAUCAAGCUUGAAUGUGUCAAAACCAAACACCCUCAGCUCCACAUUGAGAGCAAAAUCUACAAAAUGAUGCAGGGAGGAGUGGGCAUCCCCACCAUUCGGUGGUGCGGGGCGGAGGGGGACUACAAUGUCAUGGUGAUGGAGCUGUUGGGACCGAGCCUGGAAGACCUGUUCAACUUCUGCUCGAGGAAAUUCAGCCUCAAAACUGUCCUGCUGCUUGCUGACCAGAUGAUUAGUCGCAUCGAAUACAUUCAUUCAAAGAACUUCAUCCACCGAGAUGUGAAGCCAGAUAACUUUCUCAUGGGGCUGGGGAAGAAGGGCAACCUGGUCUACAUCAUUGACUUUGGGCUGGCCAAGAAGUACCGGGAUGCCAGGACCCACCAGCACAUCCCCUACCGCGAGAACAAAAACCUCACUGGGACGGCGCGGUACGCCUCCAUCAACACGCAUCUUGGAAUCGAACAAUCUCGAAGGGAUGAUCUGGAGUCACUGGGCUAUGUGCUCAUGUACUUCAAUCUGGGCUCUCUGCCCUGGCAGGGGCUGAAGGCAGCCACCAAGAGGCAGAAGUACGAACGGAUCAGCGAGAAGAAGAUGUCCACCCCCAUCGAAGUGCUGUGUAAAAGCUACCCCUCUGAGUUCGCCACGUACCUGAAUUUCUGCCGCUCCUUGCGUUUUGACGACAAGCCUGACUACUCCUACCUGAGGCAGCUCUUCAGGAAUCUCUUCCACCGCCAGGGUUUCUCCUAUGACUACGUGUUCGACUGGAACAUGCUCAAAUUUGGAGCCAGCCGGGCAGCUGAUGACGCUGAGCGGGAGCGCCGCGAUCGAGAGGAGCGGCUGAGGCACCCUCGGAACCCAGCCGCCCGCGGCCUCCCCUCCACGGCCUCUGGCCGCCUGCGGGGCACCCAGGAGGUGGCUCCUCCCACCCCCCUCACCCCUACCUCACACACUGCUAACACCUCUCCUCGGCCCGUGUCUGGCAUGGAAAGAGAGCGGAAAGUGAGUAUGCGGCUGCACCGCGGCGCCCCCGUCAACGUCUCCUCCUCCGAUCUCACGGGCCGACAAGAUACCUCCCGCAUGUCGACCUCACAGAAUAGCAUUCCUUUCGAACACCACGGCAAGUAGCUGCACGUCUCCCGCUGGAAGGCAGCACCGAUUCCCGGUCGGGUGGCUUCCAGUGGUCUUCAGUCUGUGGUGCACCGAUGAGAACUCCUUUCCGCUGUGAAGGGCAGACAAUGCAUGGCUGGUCUACUCUGUUACAAUGGCUUUACUAGUGACGCGCCCCCCGGUCUAGAACCGAAACGUUAACACCGGGAGCUCUCCAGGCCGCCCGCCCAGCGACGCCCGUGGGGGAAACAAAACACAAACUAACCCGGACAGACCGCAAAGCUCUGCCGUCGCAGGGGCUGCACCGAGGGCCUCCCACGCGGCCCGCUCGUCUCGGGCUGGGAAGAAAAGCAGAGUGUGAGAGACAGUUGCAGAGAGAACCAGACUCCCGCUCAAGAGCCUUUCAGUCCCCCUGCGGUGGCGGCGCCCUGCUCCCUGACGAGCCUACUGUAACCACCGAUCUUCUACUUGGUUAAGACAGUUUUGUAUCAUUUUGCUAAAAAUUACUGGCUUAAAUCUGUGUAAAGAAACCUGUCUUUUUAUUGUUCCUUUCUCGUCUGUUUCUGCGGUCCUGAGACAGAUGUUGCCUCUAAAGAGCCCCCGGAGCAGAGGCUGGCGUGGAGCUUCCGCGUAGGCAGAGCGCGUCAGGGAGCAGAACGCGGGCGCCGUCCUCUGCUUUGUGGUCCGUGUGUCGUGGGGUCCGCUGUGGAGAGGGGUUUUCUCGUCAGAAGUGCCGUCCCGUGUAGACGUGUGUG